AUGAACGCUCCAGCUGCAUUCGAAUCAUUUCUAAUUUUUGAUGGUGAACGUAAGAUUUCAGUGGAAAACGACACGAAGGUCCCAAAUGCGGCUGUUUUUACGAUUAACAAAGAAGAUCACACGUUAGGGAAUCUGCUUAAACAUCAGUUGUUGAAGGAUCCCAUGGUUCUCUUUGCUGGAUACAAGAAUCCUCAUCCUCUUGAACACAAGGUCCUUCUUCGUGUGCAAACAACCGGUCAAACAACCCCGGCUGACGCUUUGAUCAAUGCUAUCACUGAUCUCAUUGCGGAAUUAUCACUUUUUGAGGAAAGAUUUAAAGAAGCUGCUGAGGGGAGGAAGAGGAUAAACGAUACACUUUACUAG